AUGCUUUCCAAAUUAUCUCUGCAGAAAUGCCGGUUUGUUCACAAGCAGCCUUUCGCAUUGGGAUUUUUAUACCCCAAUCGUAUCCGACGUCACUAUUCAAUUGUUAAUGAUAAAGCAACAAAUGACUAUUCCAAGUAUAAGGAGGAGCCGAGAAUUAAUUCCGUCGGUAUCCAGUAUUUAAGCAAUUCGUUACAUGCUCAACUAUUUGGUCUUCAAAAAGACAAAAAAACCCUGACGUUAACUCCGGAAAAGAGGGAUCAACUGUUAAAGCUGGCAAAAUAUUCUUUAAAGAGCCAUGACUUGCUGGGUAAGAAGACUGCCAUCACCGAGCCAAUCUCCUUUGAUGUGCCCAAGUUGCAAGGGAAUUCGCUAGAUGAGCACUUCCAGAAACUAGGGCAUUUUGCAUCGGAGCCUUAUAAAUCCAUGGCAAUGCACAAAUUUGAUGCAUUACCAAAAAAGCCCAACAAAUGGAUCCGUAAAGCAGGUUGGACAAAAUAUGAGCCGGGAAAGAAGCCCAAAAGUGUACCUGUACCUGAGGAAAACACAAUUGUAUUUGAUGUGGAAACUUUGUACAAGAUUUCGCAUUAUCCGACAUUAGCGACCGCUGUCUCAGAUAGAGCAUGGUAUUCAUGGUGCUCGCCUUAUAUAUGUGAUCCUGCCAGCGAAAAAUUCGAACAUCUGAUUCCUCUGAAUCCUGCCAAUGAAAAUAAACUGGUUAUUGGGCAUAAUGUGGCAUAUGACAGAGCUAGAGUGCUUGAGGAAUACAAUUUCACACCUUCAAAUUCCUUUUUUUUGGAUACCCAAUCGCUUCAUGUUGCUUCUUGUGGCCUAGCCUCAAGACAGAGGCCUCUUUACAUGCUAAAUAAAAAAAGAAAGAAGCGAAUGGAGGAAGAUCCGCUUGCUACUGAAGAGGAGCGCCAAGCAGAUCAGGAUAUUGAUGCGUUAGAUGAUCCAUGGCUCAUGGUGUCCUCUAUGAACUCUUUGCGGGACGUUACUGAAUUUCAUUGUGGAAUUAAAAUGGACAAGGAGCCCAGGGAUUUUUUCGCAGCCGAGCAUAAAAACGUUGUUAUCGGCAAUUUUCAGAAACUGAUGGGAUAUUGUGCUACAGAUGUCGAGUGCACUUCGAAAGUUUUUGAUAAAGUAUUUCCCUUGUUUCUGCAAAAGUGCCCACACCCAGUUUCUUUUGGUGCUUUGAAAUCACUGAGCAGUUGUAUUUUACCCACCUCCUGCGAAAAGUGGCACGAUUACGUUCAACGGUCAGAAUCUUUAUACCAAUCAUCGAAGGAGCAAAUUGAGGGUAAGAUAAUCCAAAUAAUCGAAGAUCUUGUCAAGCUAAAGGAUGAAGACGCCGAUGUGUUGGCAGAAAAGGUCAAGAAUGACCCUUGGUUGAAACAGCUUGAUUGGACCAUUGCCCCUGUUCGCAUGACCAAGAAAGGUGUUCCAUAUAAAAAUCAGAAAAAGCCAGGAUAUCCUGAAUGGUACAGGUCAUUGUUUCCAAGUGGUCAAUCACAAAAACCUCAAGUGACCAUAAAAACUAGGAAAAUUCCUAUCUUUUUUAAGCUAUCCUGGGAAGGUUAUCCCGUAGUUUGGACAAAAUUUCAUGGAUGGUGCUUUACUGUACCUAUUCAUUUGAAAGAGAAUUUUGAAUCCAAAAAUUAUCUAUGUGUUGAUAAAGAAUCACAGCUGGAGUAUGAGGAUGAGUACAAUGUGACAGGUGAAGUCUUGUUCAGAAUUCCUCAUCCGGAUGGACCAACCAUGAACUGUACCACGUUGCUUAGCAAACCUUACAUCCAUUAUUUCGAAAAAGGCAUUCUAACAUCUGGUUCUCCUUACGCUCUGGAGGCUCUAAGGAUUAACUCAUCUGGUUCUUAUUGGAUGUCUGCUAGGGAGCGGAUAACAUCUCAAUUUGUUGUCUCUAAAAAGGCAUUCCCGGACCAGUUUAAACUUUUGAAGAGUGGGAACAGAAGUUCCGGUAAAGACGAUUUAGGAAUUAUUUUACCUCAAAUUAUCCCAAUGGGCACGGUAACAAGAAGAGCAGUAGAAAAUACUUGGUUGACUGCUUCAAAUGCUAAAGCAAAUAGGAUUGGUUCAGAAUUGAAGGCUCAAGUAAAGGCGCCGGAUGGGUACUGUUUUGUUGGGGCCGAUGUUGACAGCGAGGAGUUGUGGAUUGCCUCACUUGUCGGCGAUUCCGUAUUUAAUUUACACGGUGGCACGGCCAUGGGUUGGAUGUGUUUAGAAGGUACCAAACAUGAGGGUACAGAUUUGCACACAAAAACAGCAAAGAUAUUGGGUUGUUCGCGUAAUGAAGCGAAGAUUUUUAAUUACGGUAGGAUUUACGGUGCUGGCGUCAAGUUUGCAGGUCAAUUGCUGAAAAAAUUUAGUCCUACUCUGACGGAAACGGGCGCUAAGAAUACGGCGGUGAGUUUAUAUGAAAAUACAAAGGGAAAGUCGAAGCGAUCGAAAGUGUUCCAAAAGUUUUGGUAUGGUGGUUCAGAGUCAAUCGUGUUUAACAAGUUGGAGAAUAUUGCAGAACAAGAUCAACCUCGAACUCCGGUACUUGGUUGUAGUAUUACGUCGUCCUUGAUGAAGCAAAAUCUGAAAGCAAAUUCAUUUUUACCGUCAAGGAUCAAUUGGGUCAUUCAAUCAUCGGGUGUGGACUACUUACAUCUAUUGUGUUGUUCAAUGAACUACCUGAUAGCGAAGUAUGGCCUGCGCGCAAGAUUCUGCAUAUCUAUCCAUGACGAGAUCAGAUACUUGGCAGCGGAGGAGGAUAAAUAUCGGGUGGCUCUUGCAUUACAAAUCAGCAAUUUGUGGACGAGGGCAAUAUUCUGCGAACAGAUUGGUAUUGAUGAUCUCCCGCAGAACUGUGCAUUUUUCUCUGCUGUCGAUAUCGACACAGUAAUGCGAAAGGAGGUGAACAUGGAUUGCGUAACACCAUCUAGCCCUACUCCAAUCCCACACGGCGAGACGAAGAACAUUGUUGAGCUUCUGUCUACGGAAGGCUUUCAAUUAGGGGCGCCGGUCGAUGAUGUUGACGUGUUCAAAUUACCGUACUCUCCUCGUGAACCUGUAUUGGAAUUCUACAACAAGUCCUACUCAAAGUCUUUCCUCGAUUAUUUCCUAAGAAUGCAGGUUCAAACGGACUCGAAAGAAAUUGGAAGACUGGAACGAGAGUACAUUCGAGAGCUUACGUCGGAGAAACUUGCCAGGGACAGAAAUGACGCAGAGUAUAACAUUGCAGAGUACAUUCAAGAGGUUAAGAUGGGCAAGCACCGAAAGAUCAAUAUUAUGACAAACUACAUAUUACCUGAUACUGACGAGUUGGCUGAUCAACACCUGCUGAUAUCUCGACGAGAAGCUGAAUAUACAACCCGCCAAAACAGCCAUCCCUCUACUCUUCCUAUAACCAGCACAAGAAAUCUGUCUGCCGUUCCUGUACAGAAAAAGCGUUCGCCGCCAAAAAAGUCACUCGCCCUGAAAGACUACGAUGAAUUGCACCGAAUAGCCAUCGCCAACUUACCACCAACAAACAAACCGGAGUUUAACGUUACCAAGCCCAAACGCGAAGCAAAUUCCAAGCCCAAAAAAUCUUCUGCAAAGCAGAAACUGUAUGACCAGUUCUACGCUGCCAAUCGGAAGAUCGAAAGUGGUGACCCAAUAUACAGGUAA